AUGAAUGAGCUACAUCCUGAACCUGAACGGUUGAGAAUCUAUACAGAUGGCUCCCGAGUGGAUCAGCGGGUGAGUGCAAGAGCGGGAGUAUUUUGUCACCUGUUCUCUGCCUACGCUUCUGUUGGCUGCUAUGCAUCUGCCUACGACGGUGAAAUCGAGGCUAUUCUAAUUGCCUUAAAAAAACUACAGUGUCGUACUGACCAAUUUUCUAGCGCCGUCAUUUUAACUGACUCUAAAGCAGCACUUCUUGAUAUUAACUCUCCACUGAUUCCCCAAUCCAUCUCUAUUCAGAAAUGCAUUGAUUGCCUGAAAGACCUGACACUAAAAGGCAAGCAAAUCGUCCUCAAAUGGAUCCCGGGACAUUGCGGGAUUUGGGGUAGUGAAAAAGCUGAUUUCUUGGCCAAGAAAGGAACAACUAUUGCUCAAACAUCUCGUUGCUCCAUCUCUCUGCACUCAUUUAAAUUGCUGGUCUGA